UGUAUCAAUGCGCAAUCGCAUCGGGACAGUUCAGGGAGUCGGGGAGGUCCGUGGUAAGGAAUAAACAGAGUGAAGAGACCGCGCGAGAGACGAAGAGUGGGGAAGGUGGAAGAGAGAGAGAGAGAGAGAGAGAAAGAUAGAGAGCGAACAGGCAGUGAGACGAUCACGAUGCACGGAGGCAAGCACAAGCGGCCAGGGGCACAGGGCUGAGGGCUGAGGGCUCGACAGGGCCUAGAAUAACGUUCACGGGACGGCCGUGGGCCAGUCAGCAGCUAUGGAACAGACGAAAACUCUCGCGUCCCGGCUACUCAGCACAAGUUGCAUAGAGAAUAAGGACGACUUGGAAGAGAAAUUCGAGAGAUGUUAUACAGUGCUCCAAAACCUGACUGCAGGGCUAUCUGAAAAAGAAGCUCAUGAUACGUUAAAUAAUGCUGUAUGUAAGGAUAAGACACAUGAAGAAGUUUCAUUAGGAUUGUUGGUAGUCAUUUUGACAGAUCCUCAAAAUGCUCCAAAAAGUUACAGAGACUUGACAUUAAUUACACGAGAUGGUCUUGCAAUUGUGUUAGUACAUCUUAAUCAAUUAGUACUUGAAAGAUACCUACGAUUGAACGAUGUGACUAGAAGUCAGUUAUUAUGGCUGUUAAGGGAGAUGAUAAGAACCAGUGUAGCUAGUGUGGAUAACCUUUGUUUAAGUUUAUUAAGGCAUGCAGCUGGUGGUGAUAUUUCACCACGGAAUUUGUUUUUAGUUGAUGCACUUUUAGAUAUUUUUCAAGAAAAUCGAACUUGGCUGGAUAAAUUCCCUUUUCUAGUAGCAUCCAUUGUUUAUACCUAUUUACGAUUAAUAGAAGAUCAUAAUGCACCACAUUUAUCUGGUUUACGUCAAAAAGAAGUUACAUUUACUGUAUCUUUAAUAAGAGAACGUAUGGUUGAUUGUUUGGUUAUUGGAAGAGAUUUAGUACGCCUAUUACAAAAUGUGGCACGGAUACCUGAAUUUGAGGCACUUUGGAAAGACAUACUUCUCAAUCCAAAGUCUCUUUGUCCAAAUUUCAGUGGUGUCCUUCAACUUUUACAAACUAGGACUUCUAGAAGGUUUCUCCAAUCUAGACUUACACCAGAUAUGGAAAGGAAAUUAGUAUUUUUAACCAGUCAAGUCCGUUUUGGUAAUCAUAAACGAUACCAAGAUUGGUUUCAAAGGCAGUACCUGGCUACACCAGAAUCACAAUCUUUGAGAUGUGACCUUAUACGAUUCAUUGUUGGUGUUAUUCAUCCAACAAAUGAGCUAUUAUGUUCAGAUAUUAUACCUCGAUGGGCAGUAAUAGGAUGGUUAUUUACAACUUGUACAUCAACUGUAGCUGCAAGUAAUGCUAAACUGGCUUUAUUUUAUGAUUGGUUGUUUUUUGAACCUGAGAAGGAUAACAUAAUGAACAUUGAACCUGCAAUCCUUGUCAUGCACAAUUCCAUGAGAUCGCAUCCACCGGUCACUGCCACAUUGUUAGACUUUUUAUGCAGAAUAAUACCAAAUUUCUAUCCACCUUUAACCGAAAAAGUGAGAAAUGGGAUCUUUUUGUCGUUGCGACAAAUUUUGGAGAAACGGGUCUUGCCGAGUCUUUAUCCAUUGUUUGAUAGUCCCAAGUUAGAUCGUGAAUUAAGAAGCAAGAUAAGAGAAACAUUCAAAGAAUUCUGUUUACCACCUAAUGCAGAUCCUGCAGGAAAUAAGGUUCCUGUAUAUUCAGGUAAAAUGGAGGAUUUUAAUAAGGAUGUUACACCAGGCGCUACACUGGAAAAUGCAGCGAAUACACCAGUUGAAAAUAAUCAUCUAAAUCAAGACUCAGAACCAGCUUUUAGUGAUGAAGAAGACGAAGUGUCAUUAAGGAUAGUGACUAAAGUAGAGGAAGAAGAUGAAGAAGAUGUUCCAUUAGCAAAUGUGAAGUUGAAAAACGAACAAAAAAAUGCAAAUUGUAUCGUGAAGAAAGAAGAUAUUACAUCUCAGUUAAAUUUAAUUUUAGAACCAGAAGAGUUAAGGACUGCUGUAGAAAGUUUGCACAGUGAAACAGACAAUGAAGUGAGAUGUCAAACGAUGGAGAGGAUAGUACAAAUGGUUGUAGAGGAUGAAAUAGAUGCAGAAACUAUACCAGCACUGGCUUCUUGCAUAUCAACGAUCUUAUCUUCACAAAUUACAUCUCAAAUAUUUCCAUCAGAUAAUUUGAAUGAAGAAGCCUUGACUGAUAGUAUAAGUACACCAUUGUUUGUUAUGUUUCGAAAUCAGUUUCAGUUGUGUAAAGAAGAGGACAAUAGGCGGAAGCUGCUAGCUCGGGUACUUGCAGAGAUACAAAACGUUCAAUCAAGAAUAGGUUAUCUGUUACUUUAUUUUUUGAAAGUCUGGGGCAGAGAGGAAGAAAAACGGGAAGGCGAACCAAGUAAUAUGUUAAAUGACGUUAAAGCAUCUGUAUAUAAAGAUUUUUGUGUACAUCGAGAAAAAAAAUUAGAUGCGUGUUUAGUGUCAGAUUUGAAGCUCUGCCAUGAAGAUAACAUAUUUAUGCUGUGUUACCUUGUGCCUGAUGUAUACAUGGGUUUUCAAAAUGUGGCUCUUGGAAAUGUUCAAUUAUUACAUUUGGUUGUCUCGACCGUCGAUGCAUGCCAACUACAAGAAUUGGUUUGUCAAAUAAUGCAAGGACACUUAAAGAUGUUAAAGAAGGAAUCGUUUACAUCACUUUUGACAGCAAGUUUAAAUUGGGAGACUUUUGAGCAAUAUUGUUUUUGGCAGCUUAUUUUUGCCCAUGAUUUUCCAAUUGACUAUGUCUUACCUGUCUUACCCAAAUUGCAAUUUCGAGAUCACGCAGAAGCAUUAACAUCGAUAUUGUUUAUGCUUAAACAAGAAAAGCCAACGUUAGAACUUCUGCGACAAUUGCUUGCACGGCAAAACGUGGAUGGGGACAUGUUUGUUGUAGCGGCUCUACGUUACUGGUGUCGCGAUUACGAAGAAAAACUUAGUGAGUUACUUGCGAAUCUUUUGAGUACUCGUUACCCUGCUACAAGUCCAAACAAGCGGAAACGAUCUGGCCCUAAACAUAAUCAACAAUCUGGUACACCCUCUGGCGAACAAGUUCUUGGUCAUUUGGAUCAAUUACGACAGCAUUGUAUGUCGUCCGCUGAAUUGCAGCUUUAUCAUUCUGAAGGAAUGCAAAGAGCUCUACAACAAGCACAAGCAGCCAGUAGUGAUUCUUUAAGAAAAAGUUAUGGAGAUUUAUUUGCACUUGCGGAAGUUAAUGAAGAAAAUGAACCUCCUCCGCCCCCACCAACAAGCUCAGCACGAAAACAUGCAGCAGCGUCGGCUGGAGGUGGCGGAGGUGCUGGUGGUAAAGGAGGUCAUAGAAAAACUGGUGCUAAUACGAGGGAAAGGUCCAGCUCAAAAAGGCCGCUUCCUCGGUAUCAUUUGGACAGUACAUCUAGUAGUGAGGAGGAAUCAAUUGUGAAUGUGAAACAAGCAAAGAAGAGAAAAAAAAUUAAUCCAGUGGGCUCCGAUAGCGACUGACCACCCAGUGUCUUCAGAUGUCACAUGGACCACGUCACGUGUGUGCAGCAAGCUAAAUUAGCCUUAAGAAUAGUAAGAUAAUAUAGUAUACGUAAUAGAUUUAUCUAGCGCGACUUGUAUAUAUAGUAUGUGGGAAGUGAAUGCGAAACAUACUGAUUACAAGGAUCUUGCACAUACUUUGCAAACACUAUAUGCUAACAACGUUGCCAGAUUCUGCAUUUUCAUGAAUUUCAUUACUUGUGUCAAACGCAAUCUAUCGAAAGAUAUUUAGGAUAUAUGUGAUAUCUAACGAGAAAAAGAUAAAUUUAUAAAUACUGGUUAUAGCUUUUCUAGGUAAAUAUGUAUGACAGAUUAACUUGCCAUGGCAGAUCGAUACUCUGGGUGUUUUCUUCAGAGACAAAGGAAUUUAUCAUGGUCUGUCAGAUAAGGUUACCGAGAGGCAAAACUAGUCAUAAAUUAAAUUAUUUUGAUACACUCUUAAACAUACAAAAAAUGUGAAUUUAAGAGUUGAAAAUUGAAUCUGGCAAUAUUGUAGGAGAUAAAGCGACAUUAAGGUAUUUCCUUAUGUGAUCACUUUAUUUCUAAGAAAAGAAAUGAAAAUCCGUUACCUUCAUAUAAUUUUGUGAUCGAUAUCAAAGAAUGCAGCACGAUAGUGCUUACCAAUUAUUUGUUUAUUGAUUUUGCGAUUAGUAUAAUUAUUGAUCCUAUUGUCCAAAUUUAUUUCUUUUCUCUUUCAUUACGCGAUAACUAUAGUAAGACUCGCGUCUCACACAAUAGCUAACAAAAAAAAAAACAUGGUUACUUUUUGUUGCCAUAAACUGUGAACGCAAUUUGUAAGAAUCGUUGAUAGGUUUUUAUUAGGAUUAAGGACCUUCUGCAGGAGAAGAAUAUAUUGAGAAUGUCUUACUCCAGCAUGAAGCGUACAGUUUUACGACCAAAUGUAUUUUACGUCUGCGCUUAGUAAAAGCAACCUCAAGAUGUAAAUCAUUCUCAAGACGUAAGAAUUUUUAUAUUUUGCACGAUGGAAGGUUGUCGAUUUUUGCUAUUAGAUUGUUUUGAUCUAAAGCAAUGAAUCUGUUUUUGUUGCUACUAAGUAUUUUAAUGCAAAUGCACAAAUUUCACGUUGAUAGAAAAGAGAAAACAGAAUGCACGACUUCUUUUUUUUGAUCAUAAUAUUUAUGAUAUUUUUACAUCCACGAGCUAGUAGUAUUUAUUACAGGUUUCUAUUAAUUUCUACGUGUAUGUUUCAACUCUUAUAAAUUUGUUUAUAAUUUUGUAAUGAUCACAGUUUCUCUAAUACUUUUGUGGAUUGAAUUUAUUAUUCUAUCUAAAGUAUAUCAAUUCAGUAAUGAAUUGGAAAGACACCUUCCAACGAGUAUAGAACCAGGCGUCAUGUACACUUAAGUCCUAAAAGGAACGUAAGCGUGAAAUAUCACCGUUCGCCUCCUGUACAUUUCCUGUAAAAUCGGUUACUUGUACACAUAUAAGUAGCUGUGUUAUGUAUUUUCUAGUUGUACAUACCAGAGAGAACGGAAUUUGUAUGUGUAUGUAUGCAUGUAUGUGCGCGAUGAAUUUUUUCAAGAACCCGAUAAAAAAUUUUUUUCCAUAAUGAGAGUUUGUAUUUCUGAUGCUAUGAAAAUCGACCCAUGAACAUUCAUAUGG